AUGGAAGAAGAUGCGAGUCUUAUGAUUUGCCAAUCGAAUUCCAUUUCCGACUUGGUAUUCACUGAAACCAUGAUCAGCUUUUGUGCUUCUGUUUCCUCAAGUCCUCUGUUUUCAAGCAUUGUCACUCUCUACGCUCUGAUCCUCCUCUAUUUCCCGUACCAUUUCAUCAGAAUUGUUUUCUCACCAGUGCCGAUCAUAACAGGAAUUCUCUUACUCACAAUUCUACGACUUGGUGCUGUUCAAAGAUUUGAAGGCGAUGAACACAGAGAAAAGGAAGACAAUUCUUGCCUGCUCGAAACAGAGUGUACCAAAACCAACGAGAGCAAAGAAUGCAAUGAGGAAAACAAAGAAAACAGGGGAAGCACGAGCACCUCCACUCAAAGAACCGAAGUCCAAGAACAAAUCCCAACUUCACCAGAAGCUCAAUAUCACAGCUUUUUCACCUACCAAUCCGAAACGGACUCCGAAAGCGAAAUGGGUUUUGAUCCGAACCCCUGUUUUGAAGACUUUUUCGUCGAGUGGAACCUGAAGGCGCCAUUAGAGGUCAUAUAUGAAGAGAAUGAAGGUGAAGAAGAUGAGAUGGAUCGCAAUGGAAAUGACCCGAAUUCGAAACAAGAGCAAGAAAGCCAAGUUCAGGGUCUUGAAAGGUACCCUUCGUUGUCUAUGUAUUACCCGGAGUCGGACUCGGAUAGCUCAUCGGACGGCGGGUAUUCGGUGACCGGAGUUUGUAACUCACCGGAGAGCAUGUGCUUCAGGUGGGAAGAGGAAGACAGAGAAGGGUUGAUAGAGAUUGCUUUGGAGGAAAAUUCAAAGAGAGGCAUGGAUUUUCAAGUUGAUCACGAGGAAGAUAAUUUGAUAGAGAUUGAUAUAUCUCCGACGAGAAACAAUGAAUAUUGCGGCAAGAAAUGGCUGUCUCCCGGCGAGGUUAGGUUCAGCUAA